AUGGAUGAAUCGUUGAUUGCUUCGACUUCAUCUCUUUCCUCUUCCUCUUCAUCAACAAUAUCAUCGACAAUUUGUGGAGGAAAACCAUUGUGGAAACAAUCAAAACAUAAUGGAGAGAGACUAUUGGAUCGAGAUGGAUAUAGGCAGAGAGCGGCUGCAUUGUGUUUGAGGAGAGGACAGAAAUCGAUUGAGGUUCUUCUAAUCAACGGUGGCACGGAGGGUGAAUGGGUUGUGCCAGGUGGAGGAGUUGAGAGAGCCGAAUCACCCCUCGACGCUGCUGUACGUGAACUCGAGGAAGAGGCUGGUGUCAGGGGCGAUGUUUUGGGCACAAUUGGAGUCUUUGAGGAAGGUCACCGAAAACGUCGCUCAUCGCUGGUCGUUCUCUCGCCGAAAGAAGAGCUCAAAGUUUGGGAAGAAGGGGCAUUGGGUCGUCAACGCCGUUGGAUGAGCAUGGAUGAGGCGAUUCUCCUCGUCAAAGACUCCCAUAAACCGAUCCUUCAAGCUAUUCCCUACAAU